AUGUAUACAUUUAUGUAUAUAUGUAUGUGUAUGUGUGUAUGUAUGUAUGUAUGUAUGUAUGUAUGUAUGUAUAUGACCAUCGUCGGUAGUGUAUAUAUGUGUGAAUGUGUGUACGCAUGUAUAUAUGUAUGUGUAUGUGUGUAUGUAUGUAUGUAUGUAUGUAUGUAUGUAUGUAUGUAUGUAUGUAUGUAUGUAUAUGUAUUUAUGUAUGUAUGUAUGUGUGUAUAUAUGUAUGUAUGUAUGUACAUACGCGUACACGUGCAGAUCAAUUCACAAGUAUAUAAUACUGUUUGGAAUGAAAUCAGGGCAGUGAUAAAGCGAUACGAUACAGUAAAUAUUCGUGGAUUAUUAGUUAAGGGGUGA